GUUCAUCCGGGAGUGUCAAUACUCAGAGUGGCUCUCUAAUGUGGUCUUGGUAAAGAAGCCGAACGGAACCUGGCGAAUGUGCGUCGACUUCACAGACCUAAAUAAAGCUUGCCCAAAAGAUGACUACCCUCUGCCAAAAAUUGACAGGCUCGUCGACUCGACGGCCGGACACGGCCUGUUCAGCUUCAUGGAUGCCAAUGCAGGCUAUCAUCAGAUUCCCAUGUCCGAAAAAGACCAAGCCCACACUGCUUUCAUCACCAGCCAAGGAGUAUAUUGCUACAAAGUGAUGCCCUUCGGGCUAAAAAAUGCAGGGGCAACAUACCAGAGGCUAGUUAACAAAAUCUUUGGGGAACAGAUUGGGAGGAACAUCGAAGUGUACGUUGACGACAUGAUCGUUAAGAGCAAACUCCCUGAAGGGCACCCCUCCGAUCUCGAAGAAACACUCAAGACCCUACGCCUACACAGCAUGAAGCUCAAUCCAAAGAAAUGCGUAUUUGGUGUCAAAGGUGGGAAGUGCCUCGGAUUCCUUGUGGAUGAAAGGGGAAUAGAAGCAAAUCCUGACAAAAUACAGGCGCUCCUCGACAUGAAAUCCCCCCGGUCAGUCAAGGAAGUCCAAAGACUCACUGGAUGCAUAGCAGCCCUCGACAGGUUCUUGUCCCGAUCGGCCGAUAAAAGUCUGCCUUUCUUCAAAGUACUGAAAGGAGCGGGGUUUAGUUGGAAUGCCGAAGCCGAGGCCGCUUUCCAACAACUGAAGGCGCAUCUCUCGACCAUUCCCAAGUUGGUCUCGCCAUUAGCAGGGGAAACUUUAUACCUUUACUUGGGCAUCACUGAGUAUGCACUUAGCGCGGUCCUUGUCGCCGAAAGAGAGAAACAGCAACACCCAGUAUACUUCAUCAGCCAUGCAUUCCGAGGAGCGGAAGCCAAGUACCCACUCAUUGAGAAAUUGGUAUACGCCCUAGUAAUGGCCAGUCGAAAACUCAAACCAUACUUCCAGGCACAUCCAAUCAAGGUACUGACAAGCCAACCUCUGAGAAAGGUCAUUGAGAGUCGAAAUCACUCGAACCGCAUGACUGAAUGGGCAAACCAGCUCUCGGAUUUCGGCCUGGAAUAUGAGCCGAGAAGGGCAAUCAAAGCACAAGCCCUCGCCGAUUUUAUCGUCGAAUGCACCAAUCGGCCACCCGAAAGAGAAACGACGAGCCAAAAGUCGUGGGAACUCUAUGUUGAUGGGUCGGCCACUAGGACAGGAUGUGGAGCGGGCAUACUGAUCAAAACACCCAGCGGUGAUCGACUCGAAUAUGCUGUUAAGUUCUCAUUCCUAGCCUCCAAUAAUGAGUCAGAGUAUGAAGCGCUCAUCCUCGGAAUUCAAAUGUGUCAAGCCGCGGGGGCUGUCUCUGUGCAAGCCAAGUCCGACUCACAACUCAUUGUCGGGCAAAUUCAAGGGGAUUUCGAAGCUAAAGAAGACAGCAUGAAAAUGUACCUGUCAAAGGCAAGGAAAGUCAUCGACCAACUGCAGGGUUUCACCAUCCAACACAUUCCCCGGUCAGAAAAUCAACAAGCCGAUGCCCUUUCAAGGUUAGCGAGUUCCGCAGAGGGGAUGGAGCCUAGGACAAUUAUUUGGGAAGUUCUCCCAGAGCCUAACAUAAAUGUCGAGGCAUUCAUGAGCUUAGACAGAGGUCCAGAUUGGAUGGAGAAAAUCAUAAAGUACAAAAGAGACAACGUGCUCCCUGACAGUGAAAAAGAGGCGGCAUCGAUCAAGAAGCAAGCAGAUUGGUUCCUUUGGCAUAAUGAGGCUCUCUACAAGGUUUCAUACACCCACCCCUUGCUCAAAUGUGUCACCCCAGAGGAAGGAAAUUACAUACUAAGGGAGAUACACCAAGGGGCGUGCGGGAGCCACCAAGGGGCAAGAACCAUUGCAGGAAAAGCGCUCCGGUCGGGUUUCUAUUGGCCAACUUUAAGAAGUGAUGCAACAGACCUGGUUAAAAGAUGUGGUCGAUGCCAAGAGUUUGCUAAUCUCACCCGAAUGCCGGCCAAUGACCUAACAACCGUUCAAGCUGUUUUACCCUUCGACAGAUGGGGGAUGGACAUCCUCGGCCCAUUCCCAGUGGCUUCCGGCCAGAGAAAAUUCUUAAUUGUGGCUGUCGACUACUUCACUAAAUGGAUCGAGGCAGAACCUCUGGCAAAGAUAAGCGACAAUUUGACAGCAAGGCCACCAAGGGAUACUGUGAUCGCUUCGGCAUACAGACUCGGUUCACGUCGGUUUCACGGCCCCAAAGCAAUGGUCAGGCAGAAUCUGCUAACAAGAUUAUCUUGA